GCCGGGGCCGCCUGGGCUUUCAGGUCUUCCGAGGCUGACAUUCACGUUUCAUUCUGCCACGCUCGGGAACGGUGAUCGGGGAAGCAUGGGGAUCCGGGAGAAGCACCCACAAAACUAGCAUCCUCCUGGAGGAGCUCGGGAAUAGGAUGAGUGAUAAUCCACCCAGAAUGGAAGUGUGUCCUUACUGUAAGAAGCCAUUUAAACGAUUAAAAUCCCACUUGCCAUACUGUAAGAUGAUAGGACCAACCAUACCUACUGAUCAAAAAGUUUAUCAGUCCAAGCCAGCUACACUCCCACGUGCUAAAAAGAUGAAAGGGCCAAUCAAAGAUUUAAUUAAAGCUAAAGGGAAAGAGUUAGAGACAGAGAAUGAAGAAAGAAAUUCUAAGUUGGUGAUGGACAAACCAGAACAGACAGUGAAGACCUUUCCACUACCAGCUGUUGGUUUGGAAAGAGCAACUACUACAAAGGCAGAUAAAGACAUCAAGAAUCCAAUCCAACCAUCCUUCAAAAUGUUAAAAAAUACUAAACCAAAGACUACUUUCCAAGAAGAAACCAAGGCUCAGUUUUACGCAUCAGAGAAAACCUCUCCUAAAAGAGAACUUGCCAAAGAUUUGCCUAAAUCAGGAGAAAGUCGAUGUAAUCCUUCAGAAGCUGGAGCGUCUUUACUGGUUGGCUCAAUAGAACCUUCUUUGUCAAAUCAAGAUAGAAAAUAUUCCUCAACUCUACCUAAUGAUGUACAAACUACCUCUGGUGAUCUGAAAUUGGACAAAAUUGAUCCCCAAAGACAGGAACUUCUAGUAAAAUUACUAGACGUGCCUACUGGUGAUUGUCAUAUUUCUCCAAAGAAUGUCAGUGAUGGGGUUAAAAGGGUAAGAACAUUAUUAAGCAAUGAGAGAGAUUCCAAAGGCAGGGAUCACGUCUCAGGAGUCCCUACUGAUGUUACAGUUACUGAGACUCCAGAAAAGAACACAGAAUCACUCAUUUUAAGCCUUAAAAUGAGCUCAUUAGGUAAAAUCCAAGUCAUGGAGAAACAAGAGAAAGGACUUACCCUGGGAGUAGAGACAUGUGGGAGCAAAGGAAAUGCAGAGAAAAGUAUGUCCGCAACAGAAAAGCAGGAACGGACUGUCAUGAGCCAUGGCUGUGAGAACUUCAGGGAUUCAGUCACAGGAAAGGAGUCUCAAGGGGAAGGACCACAUUUAAGUUUGCUCAUUCCGAGGGAGACGACUUACGAGUUUCAUUCUGUAUCGCAGUCAAGUAGUCAAAGUCUUGCCUCUCUAGCUACAACAUUUCUUCAAGAAAAGAAAGCAGAAGCCCGGAAUCAUAAUCGUGUCCCUGAUGUAAAGGCAUUAAUGGAGAGUCCCGAGGGACAGUUAUCUCUGGAGCCCAAAUCUGAUAGUCAGUUCCAAGCAUCACACACUGGGUGCCAGAGCCCUUUAUGUUCAGCCCAGCGUCACACUCCUCAGAGCCCCUUCACCAAUCAUGCUGCAGCUGCUGGCAGGAAGACUCUUCGCAGCUGCAUGGGGCUGGAGUGGUUUCCAGAGCUCUAUCCUGGUUACCUUGGACUAGGGGUGUUGCCAGGGAAGCUUCAGUGUUGGAAUGCAAUGACCCAGAAGCCACAACUUAUCAGUCCCCAGGGGGAAAGACUCUCGCAAGUUUCUUUGUUGGAACGAAGCUCAACUCAUAUAAGGAGUUUGGAACCCCCUACCGGACUUACAACCUCCAACUUCUCUCUAAUGAGGCUCUUGGGAGCUGUACAAAAAGGCUGGAUCAGGUGCAACACCACCAUAAGGAAGAGUGGAUUCGGUGGCAUCACGAUGCUCUUCACAGGAUACUUCGUCCUGUGUUGUAGCUGGAGUUUCAGACGUCUGAAGCUGCAGCGGUGGCGUAAGUCGUGUUGACCUGGACAUCACUUAAAGCUCUGGAACAGCAAAGGGCGUACAGUGGAGAUGACUGCAAUACAUACUAAACAGUUUAAAAAUGUAUAAUAUUUGGGACAGGGAGAGGGGAGUGAAAAAAUAAAGAAUAAAAUUAUUGGAAUCUAAAAUAAUGAUACAGGAAGUAAACGUAUUAUUAAUAUAGACAGAUCUGGUUCUGUCUGGAUGUUCUUGGCUUGCUGUCAGGAGCAACUGAGAAUUAGAGAAAAACUAGUUCUGUUUAAUCAUAAAGUUGUUAUUCAAGGAGAUGUGAAGAUGACAAAGAUCAUCAUUAAAAUUAAGAAGUCAUUUCUCAGUAAAAAGCUAGUAUCUCAUUACCAUUCAUCUAUAUGAGAUACCAGACUACUACCUACAUGUUGAUACAGGAAAAUAUCUGAAUUGGCAGAAAAUAAGCCCACAUCAGGCCCUUCCCCUUAGUUUCUUUGGGGCCCUUGACCAGAUCUUGAUAGGUGUGAGAAACACGAGAGCUAAGGAUGGGCAUUCGAGUUGCAGGUAAGCCUCCGAAAAAAAGCUUACAAAUAUUUUUAAGCUGAUUUUUAAAAUAGCACACUAACUAUAAUGUUAAAUCACAUUUUAUACAUCUUAAUUGAGUAUAAUAGUGAACCGGUGGCUAAUGUAUCAUCUCUUCCUGGAAACUUUUCAGAAUCCCACCCCUAUCUAUCCCUUUCUCAAGAGUUUCUGUGCAUUACUGAGAAAUCCCUCUCCAUUUGUUAGGGUUGUUUUUGGCUGGUGGGUUUUCUGUGUCUCUUCAUCUCAUCAAACUAUUCAGUGUCUGAUUUUUUGACUUCUGCUUUGGCCCACAGAGAUUAACUUGGAUACUUACAGGUAGAAAAAGCUUUGAGGAAAUUUAGGCAACAUCGAUGGAUAAGUGUUUCCCCAACCUCCUUUCUAACGUAGAGGGUUAGUUAUAUAUCACACGCACACACCCCUCUGUCUCAGCUUUGCUUGUGGUGUCCUUAUGCCAAAAUACAUGAGGUCAGUUCCUCUUAUGUCCCAGCUCUUUUAAAACUACAGGAAUGCCGGGUGCGGUGGCUCACGCCUGUAAUCCCAGCACUUUGGGAGGCCAAGGCGGGCGGAUCAUGAGGUCAGGAGUUCAGGAUCAGCCUGUGCAAUGUGGUGAAAUCCAUCUCUACAAAAAAAAAAAUGUAAAAAGUAGCUGAGCUCAGUGGCACACGCCUGUAGUCCCAGCUACUCAGGAGGUUGAGGCAGGAGAAUCACCUGAGCCCAGGAGGCGGAGGCUGCCGUGAGCUGAGAUUGUGCCAUUGCAUUCCAGCUUGGGUGAUGGAAGAGAAACCUUGUCUCAAAAAUCCCAAAAAACCUACAGGAAAGCCACAGCCAGCAUGUGUUGACUUGUAUGUCGUUUCUCUCUCUUCUCAAAGCUGGAAUGCUGGGGCUACUUUUUACCUACCUUUUCUAUUCCCAAUCCCCUGCUCCUUCCCAUCCCUAGUGGGAGUAAUUUAAUUCUGCAACAAAUUCUCAUAGUUAAGGUAUUCAGCAAUAUAUCCCUGUAUCCUAGAAUUCUCUGUAGGGAAAAAAGUUGUGGUUGAGGGGAAGAGUUCUACAUUCAGUUAUUUUAGUUUAAUAUUACUAAGAACUUCAUUGGAACCCAGAACAAUCUUCCCUGCCGAAAGAGCUUUGUGCCCAUUCUCUGUGAAUGCUCUUUAGGAGAGAUGCUUAACGAUUCUCCCCACACCUCCCCCUGUGUCCUUACUCAAGACCAGAAACUCUCAAGGUGAGAAGGUAGAUGAGAAUGACCUUCAGUAAUAUCCUCUUUCCCAGUCCCCCAGUUCCCUCGAGCAGGGGCAGCAGACCCCACUGUGACCCACAGACCAAAGCCAGCCCACUGCCUUGUUUUUGUAUGUAGUCAAAAUGUUCAAAAACAAGCCCUGCUCAUUUGGUUAGGUGGCAUCCAUGGCUGUUUCACACAACAGCAGCAAAGUCGAGUAGUUGCGACGGAAACCAUAUGCCCUGAAAAGCUGAAAAUAUUUACUAUCUGGCCUUUACAGAAAAAUUGUGCCGACCCCUGCCCUGGAAGAGCACAGUACCUCCAUGCAUUGGUGUGGCGAAGACGACUGGGGAUUGCCGCUCUAAAACAUGUUUGGAUUAGGAAGCACAUUUAAGUAGGAGAAGUCUUCGUGACUUCUCUCUAGUGCCUUCGUGCCCUGUGUUGCCCACUGAAUUGCCCUGUAACACCUAAGUGUAGUGGUAGCAUUAAGGGAUAGCUUUUCAGCCCUCAAGGUUAUCAGGAACAUUUGUAUCACUGCUAUAAAUAAAGUAGUAUCACUUAUCAUAAUCAGGAUGCUGAAACAUAAUGAAAAGGUUUAACUUAGUCACAGUAAAUAUUUUAUAUCCCUGAAAAUAAGUUAUUUAAUGAGAAUAGGACUAUUUAAUGAUCCAUGAGUCCUAAAAGGAUAUCUGCCUUGUAUUGCCAAGUUUAAGGCAAAGGUGAGAUCCUGUAUUAAUAAGACAGCUUUUUUGUUUGACAUUGGUAAGUACCAAGAAUUCUAACUCACAUAUAGUAGGAAACAACAAAAAGUCUCCACUGACUUCUUUGAAUUAGAUACUGAGAAUCCACAAUACAGUAGCGUGGAUAACUUUCAAGAAGCCAUUGGAAACAUCUCCACAUUCUGGGAUUACUUGUAAAUGUCUACAGAGUAAUGGAAGGAAAGGCUUCCUUGUCUGCUCAUUGCUGCCACCUGGGUUGGGAAAAUAAUUGAAGAUGUUUUAUCAAGUCCUUCAAGAAUCUCUUCUUAAUGUUCAGAAUAGUUUAAGAGCGUUGUUGAGGUAAACUGAUAGCUGAUUAUUUUCUGAGAUUUAGAUCUAAACAAACUCAGCAUGACGAGGAAGCACACUUCACAGCUCCAGGGUGCAAUACUGAUGUAAAGUUGCAUCGUGAGGAUACAUUUUUCACUCAUGUAUGCAAAAUUCCUAUCAGUUCAUUUGCACAGCCAGUUCCAAUCAUGUAUGUGAUCACCAGAUUAAAAGCUUCAUCCAGAAAGACAAGACUCCUCAGAACGAAUAGUAGACAAGUAAGACUGCUACCCACAGAAGCCAGUACGCUUCAGGUAUGAGGCGGGGUAACUACUCAUCUCUUCACAGAGCCAAGGAAAAAAAAGAACGUCUCUAACAUGAUUUACCAUUUUAAACAGCCUUAUAAGUUUUGUCUCUUAAAAUCAUGCUGCAGAAGGAGGGGGUAAAAGUCGUGUUCUGCCCUGUCUGUGGCAUUGGUGAGAGCCCUGCUAGGUAAGAAGCAAUGCUUAGAUCUUGCUUCCAGGCAGCAGCUUGAAUUCCCAAAUCUUCCUGCAAGGUGCAUACAAAUGCAGCGUGAGAAUCCAUACACGUAAUCCAUAUUCACCUUCCCAUCCAUCCCGCAGAAGAGCCAUGGUGACACCCAGGCUACUGUGCAUGCUUGAGAGGACGUAUUUGAAGGUUCUGUUACUACAAGUUGGGAAUAUUCACGGACAUGCCUGAAUACCCCGGCUGUAACUCACACGUGGUCUGUGUAAGUGGAUUAACCUCGGGGCGGCCUUGUUUAAUCCUGAAUAAUAAUAUCUGAAAGACUGAGUUUACUUGGGAAUGUGUAGUUUUUCUAAUGCACAUUAAAAUUUAUUUUAGCUGUUAAAAAUAAAAUCAUUUUAUUAUCA